AUGCAGGCUGCAGCGAAAAAUCCGUCACAACGGCCUAAAAGCAGGAAAAGAAAAUGUUCCCAUCUUCCAGAUGAUCACAGCAAUUGCUGCAAAAGUUUGUAUACAUGUUCGAGCUUCCAUGCUGCAAUGGAAAACCUUGCAAAAAAAUACUCCACUCAACAUGAAAAACUCGGUGAAGGAACAGAAACAACUUAUCACAUGAUUGACGAAAUUAUUAAAAAACUAGAAACAGAUUCAAUUUACGUAUACCCGGAACAUAUGGAAAUUGCCACCGAAGGUUUAAAAGUGAAUGGAAAUCCAGAUGGAGAGGCCAACAUUGAGUUAGACAUCGUGCUUAACAUGCGCAUAAACAAAUUUACUGAGUGCAGGUUUGGUUUCGUAAAAGUUGGCGUCGUACUCUUCAUCUUUGUAAUUGUCAUUCCAUUGUUCUUCAUUGUUAUUGAAAACAAAUUGACUACAAAAUUGGAACCAAAAACAAACAAUGGACACAUUAUUUACAUCAAAAGUUCCGAUGGUCGUUAUCUAUGUGCAUCAUCUCUAGCAGAAAAUUUUAUGAAAAAGAUUGGAAAUUAUGUUGGUUUAUAUGAACGAACGCUCUGUUACAGAAAAACGAAAAUAAGAUAUAACGGUUCAGUCGUUCAAAUGGAUGUCAAAAUGGUGGUUCAAUCUUUAUAA